AUGGCACUGCCCAGAUGCAUGUGGCCAAAUUAUGUGUGGAGAGCAGUAAUGGCAUGCUUGGUACACAGGGGAUUGGGUGCCUCAUUGACUCUCUGUGUGUUGGGAUGUUUACUUCAGGCUGCCCAUGUGCUUUCACAAAAAUUGGAUGAUGCAGACCCACUGGUCACUACCAACUUCGGCAAGAUAAGAGGGAUGAAGAAAGAACUCAAUAAUGAAAUUUUGGGGCCUGUUAUUCAGUUUCUUGGGGUUCCAUAUGCAGCUCCACCAACGGGGGAACAUCGUUUUCAGCCUCCAGAACCACCAUCUCCCUGGUCAGAUAUCAGGAAUGCAACUCAGUUUGCUCCUGUGUGUCCCCAGAAUAUCAUUGAUGGCAGAUUGCCAGAAGUCAUGCUUCCUGUGUGGUUUACUAAUAACUUGGAUGUGGUUUCGUCAUAUGUGCAAGACCAGAGUGAAGACUGCCUAUAUUUAAACAUAUACGUUCCGACUGAGGAUGUAAAAAGAAUAUCCAAGGAAUGUGCCAGAAAACCCGGCAAGAAAAUAUGUAGAAAAGGAGGUCCCCUUACAAAGAAACAGACAGAUGAUUUAGGUGAUAAUGACGGUGCGGAAGAUGAAGAUAUUCGGGACAGUGGGGGUCCCAAACCAGUGAUGGUGUAUAUCCAUGGAGGCUCAUAUAUGGAAGGUACUGGAAAUUUAUAUGAUGGGAGUGUCUUGGCAAGUUAUGGCAAUGUGAUCGUCAUCACAGUCAACUAUCGACUUGGGGUACUUGGUUUCUUAAGCACAGGGGAUCAGGCUGCAAAAGGAAACUAUGGACUCCUUGACCUCAUACAGGCUUUAAGAUGGACUAGUGAGAACAUUGGAUUCUUUGGUGGUGACCCCUUAAGAAUCACUGUUUUUGGAUCUGGCGCUGGGGGUUCAUGUGUCAAUCUGCUGACUUUAUCCCAUUAUUCUGAAGGACUUUUUCAACGAGCAAUAGCUCAAAGUGGAACAGCCCUUUCCAGCUGGGCUGUUAGUUUCCAACCUGCAAAAUAUGCUAGAAUGUUGGCCACAAAAGUUGGUUGCAAUGUUUCAGAUACAGUAGAGUUAGUGGAAUGCCUACAGAAGAAGCCUUACAAAGAACUUGUUGACCAAGAUAUUCAACCAGCACGAUACCACAUAGCCUUUGGACCUGUGAUUGAUGGUGACGUAAUACCAGAUGACCCUCAGAUAUUGAUGGAGCAAGGAGAGUUUCUCAACUAUGAUAUAAUGUUAGGAGUUAACCAAGGGGAAGGGUUAAAAUUUGUUGAAAAUAUAGUAGAUAGUGAUGAUGGUAUAUCAGCUAGUGAUUUUGACUUUGCUGUUUCCAAUUUUGUUGAUAAUUUAUAUGGAUAUCCUGAAGGCAAAGAUGUUUUGAGAGAAACCAUUAAAUUCAUGUAUACUGACUGGGCUGACCGUCAUAACCCUGAAACCAGAAGGAAGACAUUAUUGGCUUUGUUUACAGACCAUCAGUGGGUGGCACCAGCUGUAGCUACAGCAGAUCUUCACUCAAACUUUGGUUCACCUACAUAUUUCUAUGCCUUUUACCAUCAUUGCCAAACAGAUCAGGUUCCAGCUUGGGCUGAUGCAGCUCAUGGGGAUGAAGUUCCCUACGUACUAGGAAUCCCCAUGAUUGGACCUACAGAGUUAUUUCCUUGCAAUUUCUCCAAAAAUGAUGUGAUGCUGAGUGCAGUUGUAAUGACAUACUGGACAAAUUUUGCUAAAACUGGUGACCCAAAUCAACCAGUCCCUCAAGACACAAAAUUCAUCCAUACCAAACCCAACCGCUUUGAAGAAGUAGCAUGGACCAGAUAUUCCCAGAAAGAUCAACUUUAUCUCCAUAUUGGAUUAAAACCAAGAGUUAAAGAACAUUAUAGAGCCAAUAAGGUGAACCUCUGGUUGGAGCUGGUACCUCAUCUGCAUAAUCUCAAUGACAUUUCUCAGUAUACCUCGACAACAACUAAAGUGCCAUCAACUGACAUCACUUUCAGACCUACGAGAAAGAAUUCUGUACCUGUCACAUCAGCAUUUCCCACUGCCAAGCAGGAUGAUCCCAAACAACAACCGAGUCCAUUUUCAGUCGAUCAAAGGGACUACUCCACAGAGCUGAGCGUCACUAUUGCAGUUGGAGCAUCACUGCUGUUUCUGAACAUCCUUGCCUUUGCAGCCCUGUACUACAAAAAGGAUAAGAGGAGACAUGACGUUCAUAGGAGAUGCAGCCCUCAGCGUACUACAACCAACGAUCUGACCCACGCACAAGAAGAGGAGAUCAUGUCCCUCCAAAUGAAGCACACUGAUUUGGAUCAUGAAUGUGAGUCCAUCCAUCCACAUGAGGUGGUUCUUCGGACCGCCUGCCCCCCAGAUUACACACUAGCUAUGAGGAGGUCACCUGAUGAUGUUCCCUUAAUGACACCCAACACCAUUACAAUGAUUCCCAAUACUAUACCAGGGAUUCAACCCUUACACACAUUCAAUACAUUUACCGGAGGACAGAACAAUACUCUGCCCCAUCCCCAUCCCCACCCCCAUUCACAUUCAACAACCAGGGUAUAG